AUGGAAGAUGACGGUUCUGCAAGAGUCAUCGUCGCAGUUAGGAUUCGACCACUUAAUAAGAAGGAGAGCACUGAAGGUGGCCCUGUUGUCGCAAGAUGCCUGGACCCACGUACUCUUCUAGUAACACACCUUGAAGAUGAAGACGAUGUGUUGAGAAAGGAUCGGCCAAGGGAAAAGCUAUUUAGCUUUGACCACGUAUUUUCAGAAUACGAUGGGACAAUGGACGUGUUUGAUAAGACGACUCGUUAUCUAGUCGAUGCCGUGACCAAAGGAUACAAUGCUACAGUUUUCGCUUAUGGUGCUACUGGCGCUGGAAAGACUCACACAAUGUUGGGCACGGAACUGUCGCCUGGGUUGAUGCCAUUGACUCUUGUACAUUUAUUUCAGUCAAUCCGCUCUCAAAGAGAAUGUUACCAGAUAUCGCUCUCCUACCUAGAAAUUUACAAUGAAAACAUUCGAGACUUGCUAUCAAACCGUCAAGAGUACCUCGAACUACGAGACGAUGGAGGGAAGAAAGGUCCUGUCGUUUCCGGGAUCACAACGGUUGCAGCAUCAUCAGCUGAAGAAAUACUGUCGUUUCUGCGAAAGGGUAAUCAGAAACGGACUCAGGAAGCUACUGGAGCCAACGAAACAUCCAGCAGAAGUCACGCCGUGCUUCAAGUCUUUGUGUCGUUUCGAAAAAGGCCAAACGACGACGAGCGUCUAUCCAAGCUUAGCUUAAUUGAUCUUGCAGGUUCAGAACGCGCGGCUAGAACGAAUAAUCGGGGCCAACGGCUCAUAGAGGGGGCUAAUAUCAACCGCUCUUUGCUCGCAUUAGCUAACUGCAUUGUAGCAUUGGCUGAAAAUGGGUUUCCUUCGUCAAAGUAUAUUAACUUUCGAGACUCAAAGCUGACAAGGCUGCUCAAAGACUCGUUGGGUGGAAACUGUCGUACUGCAAUGAUUGCAAACGUGUCUCCAUCAUUCCUGAGCAUUGAAGAGACAAUGAACACAAUCAAGUACGCAUCACGAGCAAGAGCCAUAAAAACAACAUCAACGUUACAAGGAGCCAUACCACAAACGGUAGCCAACAGAUCAGCCAACGAAAUGACAUCUCUCAAAACCGAAAUUGCUCAAUUACGUGCUAGAUUAUCUGUAGCAUCCCAGCAACAACCACCACUACCACCUCAACAACAAUCAUAUCUGCCGAAAGCUCUACCAGCUAGCUAUGGCAGACAGCCUAUAAUCAAUGAGGAGGUGCAUAGCAAAAUCAAUGCAAGGAUUGCUUUGACCACUCCUGAUUCGGACGUGCUUUCGGAUGGCAGAAGGAAAAUCGAGUUAUUGUUUGCCGAGAGAGUUCAAACUACAACGAAAAUCUCAGAGUUGGAGCAACAGCAAGAUGUUGAUUCAGGCGUCAAGAGUCAAGGAGCAAAGAAAUUGACUGAUAUUGAUAGAGAAAUUGGGACUAUACUACAGCAAUCACUUUCAAAGUGCGUAGAUCGAAAAUCGAAAAUGUAUCUAGAGCUUUUGGUGCGAUCAAACUAUUUAGAAUGUGAAAACUCAGACCUACGCCUCUUCCACAAACUCGCCAUGCCAACAAUCAUAUCAAUGCAAGUCCAACUAAACAACACAGUCGAAAAUGAUUCCGUACCAUCGCUACCACCCAUAGUAAUAGAAUCCAACAAGGCGAUCACCAGAUUGAAAUCCAUUGCAGCACGAAUGAGUCCACAAUCAGGCAUGAUCUUACAAUCAGAGCAAAACGACAGACCAGCAACAGCCCCAAGACCUAGUUCCUCAAAUUCUCUUCAGCAACAAAGGCCCCAAUCUGCCCAGAAAAGAGCUAUACUUACGACACUCAAUUCAACUGGUAUAUCUGGCUAUACACCACCCUCUCAACUACCUAAUAUCUCUCGACCGUCAUCUGCGGCACCUUUGUCUGAUCGUGAAGUGCUGCUGAGAAGUGCACAGUUGUCUAUGCAGUCAUUAGUCGAUAUCCCAUCAAUGAAAAAAGUACUCAAGGCCUCUCCUGGAACGCCAACUCGAGCAAGAACACCGAAUACUCCUGUGAAAACCCGUAGCACCAAGACUCUCGCAUCAAAAAGCAGGAGUGAUAUGUCCUCGCAAGGUAGUCAAUCAAGGUUGAAGAAAUAG